AUCAGAAGCUUUCACUGUGUAUUUGCUUGUGGACUUUUAUUCGCUUACAGGUGGCUUCAGUUCUCCUGAGCUCUUUACUGUUCCCUGCUGAUCACACCACAGAGCAUGAGUGAGUGUUUUGAGGCAAGGACGACCAGAGGAAAAUGGCAGGACAGGCUGAAGUCUGUAGAGCAGAGAGCCUCAUCUUUUCAGUCUUCUCCUCUGAGUUGUCCAUACAAGCCCCGUCUGUCCCGGCCAUGGCAGCCCUCCUCCGUCUGGAGACUCUUCCCACGGCAGAACGCAGCCAUCGCCUUCACUCAGCACAUGAAACAGGACGUGCAUUUAUUCUCACUGGAGAAGGAAGGCAGUGAUGCUGGACAGAGGAUCUUCCUAGUGACCAGCUAUAGUGAACUUUGGCAUUAUUACAGCACUCACAGACAGUCUCUGAUGCACUGCUAUGAGGUCAUUCUGGAAGGAGCCGUCUGCAAACUUUACUUUGACUUAGAGUUCGACAAAGCCUUCAACACACACCUGGACGGCAAGAUGAUGGUGUCAAAACUAAUCCAGUAUGUGUGUGAGAAGCUAGAGGAGGUUUAUGGUCUACGAUGCUCUGCAAAAGAUGUCCUUAAUCUAGACUCCAGCACCUCUGAGAAGUUUAGUCGCCAUCUUAUCUUCAUGCUUCCCAGUGUUGCAUUCAAAGACAACUCUCAUGUAGGGCGAUUUAUUCAUGAUAUCCUGAAUCCUGCUCUAAAAAGCCUUCAAAACUGCAAACCAGAGGCAGCUACAACAGAAGUUUGUCCAAGAGAGAAUGGAGAUGAUGUGGAUGGUUCUCAGGCCAAGAGAAGAAAGUAUGAAGAGAAGGAUCUUGACUUUCUUAUAGUGAAGAGUAAAAAUGGACAAGAACAACUUUUUGUUGACCUGGGAGUCUACACCAAGAACAGAAACUUCCGUCUCUACAAGUCCUCCAAACUGGGAAAGAAUGCAGCCUUUUGUGUGGCAGAAGACAACCAGUUCGUCCCAAAGCCCUCAAAGCACACCACAAAAGAAGAAUGCAUAUUUUUAGCUUCCCUAAUCACCAAUAUCAGUUUCACGGGACAGAGGAUUUUGACUUCUGAGAUGCCACAGAAGAGUACAGCAGGAUCUCAGUGUUCAACCCUUCCGAUAGAGUCACACAGCUCUGAUCUGUUGGGUGAACAGAAGCCGUCUCCUUUUAAAGAAGUGGAUGAAUUUGUGCUGACACUUGUGUGCAAGGAUGGCAUUCAAGGAAGCAUCCGGCGAUGGAACUACUUUGCAUCUGAACAGCUGUUGGUUUAUGAUAUUGAGAAAUUCCGCUGGUGCCACAACGUGAAUCGCUUUCACAAGAGCAAUAACAUCAUAAUUGUAGUGGAUCUCAAAGAAGAAGUGUGGUAUCAAAAAUGUCAUGACCCUGAGUGCAGGACACAGAACUACAGAUCCUCCAGCUUCCCUCUGCCUCAAGAGGUCUGCAUGAGUCACCUGCUGAUGGAGGAUGAAGAAGAUCAGGCAUAUUUAACGGAUGAACUGGGGAACAUUGAGCUUGCACAGAGCUCUGUACCCAGGACUGAUUCACCAGGGUCCUCCUCGGCUCCUCAGGCUGAGGAUUGGGGAGAGUGGCCUGAUGACCCCGCUUAUCUGGAAGCUCUGCAGGAAGUAGAAAGGGCCACUGAAGAGGUACCUGAUGAGCUUCUGCUCCAGGCAGUGACUGAGUGUGAAUGAUAACCCAAAAGUCUAGAACAUGUUCUUAAAUUCUGUUUCCUAGCUAACUGUAUUUUCCAAGUGUUCAAAGGUGAUUAAUUUCUUUAAAUUAUUUUAAAUUAUAUGAUUUAGGAAAUUACAAGUGUGUUAAACGUAUUUCGAUUUUAUAUACAUAGAUGGAUUAAUUUAGAAUCGCAAUGCUUGUUAGCCUGAGUAAAUUAAAAAUAGAAAUAAUACAAAAGAA